ACAUGCGUGCAUGAACGUGUAUUAUUACUAGUAUUACUAGUAGCUUGUUGCAGGGAGGACUCAUGUAGCUAUAUAUGAAUAUGUAUUGAGCUGACUGGGCUUAACUGUUUGAUAGUACAGAUGGCUCCAAAAAGCAAGUCAAAGUUACCAGAAUGGAACCUCUGUCUAUUUUGUAACCGUACCAUUUCAAAGCGAGAUAUCUCCAAACACACUGAAGUUUGCAAUGACCGUGCUAGAGUAGACAGUAACAAUAUCGGCCAUGGAUUCAUCAAGGAUAGUGUGCUGCAUGCAAUAGUCGGUAAAUCAGACUCUAAAGGAAUUCCUCAAUUUUCACCAAAGGGUGUUAUAUACUUAAAUCCUGGAGCAAUGCAGCUUACGGGCAUGUGUAUCGGGAGACCGAUUUUGUGCACAUAUGACAACCACAAGGAAGUAAUUACGGCAUGGCCCAAUUCAGCUGUGCUACCAGGGUAUGCAUCCUUCACGAAUUUGAGCCGUGACUUUCCUGGAGUAAGGUUAAAGCCAGGUGACAUGCUGAUGGCAGAGUAUUUCCUUCCAAAUCCAAUCGGUAUAUCUGAACUGAGCCUGACACCACUCAACCCUCAGAGCUUCAUGACAACUGCAGAAUUUAGGAAGUACUUUGCCACUGUGAAGAAUCAAUGCUAUGUUAGUGCAGGAAGUAACAUAUCUAUGAGUUAUCUUGGCCAGCCAUGUGAUUUCAUUGUGACUAAAAUUGUGACGCUUGAUGGUAAGACUUUUGAUUCAGGAUUGGCCAUCAAGUUUGUAACAGACAAUCAUUUUAGCGAUUCAGUCAGUGGGUUGUCAGAAAACCUGUCGAGAAUGAAUGUUGCUGACAUGCCCAGCAGUAGCUCAAUAGACUUCGAUGUAAGUUGCACAGCUGAUUCCUCCAACGAGAUGGCAACCUCUACACCAAUUAAGAAUGAAAGCAUGGCAGGGGCAACCCAGUUUUGCACUCCAGUUAAGUUUGAGGGGCUGGACGAAAAGUCACAGGACACCACAUUUUUUUAUAUAGAUAUAGACACCAGACUUGAUAUAUUUUGUGAUACUGCCAAAGGAAGCGAAAAUAUUAAAAAAAGGGAAAGUAAAACAACUUUUACUUCUAUUGGAGGUCUUUCUAAGCAGAUAGAAACCCUUAAGGAUAUGGUAAUGCUUCCACUGAAGGAAGUCGCAAGAUAUAAAGCUCUUGGUGUCCCACAUGUGAGGGGUAUACUUCUUUUUGGACCGUCUGGUUGUGGAAAAACAAUGGUGGCCAGAGCAUUGCUGGCUGAACUUGGACUGUAUUACAAGACAGUCAAUGCACCAGAUGUGUAUAGCAAGUUCCAAGGGGAGACUGAGGCAAAUCUAAGAGAAAUUUUUGCAGAGGCGGAAGCUAACACGCCAUCUGUAAUCUUUGUGGAUGACAUCGAAGCGCUCUGUCCCAGAAGAGAUGGCCGUGGCACGCAAAGUCAACAGGAGACGAGAGUAGUUUCCACCUUGUUGUCGUUGAUGGACAAUCUUGGCUCGCUCGAGAACCCUGUUGUAGUGCUAGCGGCAACUAACAAACCUGAGUUGUUGGAUCCUGCUCUUCGGCGACCUGGCAGGCUCGAUAGAGAGAUGGAGAUUCCCGUUCCAACUGCGACAGAUAGGGCUGACAUUUUGUGUAAGCUGCUGUACAACAUGCGCACUGAUCUAAGCACAGCCGACGUGGCGAGCAUCGCGGACGUCGCUCACGGCUACGUGGGAGCGGACCUCGCCGCCGUCUGCAGGGAAGCUGGGAUGCAUGCGCUGCGCAGAUGCAGGCGAAUUCCUGUCGAUGCAGUCGACAGUGAUGGGCACGUCGCGGAGGCCUCGCUGCUGCUGGCGGACAUGUUGUACGGAAUAAAGGCCGUGAAACCGUCCGCGAUGCGGGAGGUCAUGCUCGAAGUUCCGAAAGUUCUGUGGACGGACAUUGGGGGGCAGCACGAGCUGAAGCACAAGCUGAAGCAGGCGAUCGAGUGGCCGCUGAAACAUCCGGCGGCGUUCCAGCGCAUGGGGAUCAACCCUCCGCGUGGCGUGCUCAUGUACGGCCCACCCGGAUGCUCGAAGACCAUGACCGCCAAGGCUCUCGCCACUGAGAGUGGACUGAACUUCAUCGCAGUGAAAGGUCCGGAACUGUUCAGUAAAUGGGUGGGGGAGUCCGAGCAGGCCGUACGCGAAGUUUUUCGCAAGGCUCGUGCCGCGGCGCCCUCUAUAGUGUUCUUUGAUGAGAUUGACGCGCUAGCUGUUGCGCGUGGCGGGUCCGGGGGCGGCCAUAACGUUGGUGAGCGUGUUCUCGCUCAACUGCUUACGGAAAUGGAUGGAGUGGAGGCUCUGCAGAAUGUCAUCGUUGUCGCGGCAACGAACAGGCCGGAUAUGAUUGACAAGGCUUUACUCCGCCCCGGCCGUCUGGACCGAGUUGUGUACGUUUCCUUGCCAGACGUGGAAGCUCGCGAGGAAAUAUUCAGGAUACAGUUCCGCAGGAUGCCUAUAGCAGAAGACGUGAGGGUUGAAGAGCUGGCAAAGAACACACACGGUUAUUCUGGUGCAGAAAUUGUGUCUGUCUGCCAAGAGGCAGCAUUGGCAUCACUCGAGGAAAGUCUAACUGCAGAAACAAUAACAUGGAAGCACUUUGAAAAGGCUACACUUGCUGUUAAACCAAGGACUGACUCUACACUUAUUGAGUUCUACGACAAAUAUAUGUCAGCUGUUGAAAGCAAAUUUAAAACAUAGUGGAUGUUUCUACUGGUGGUUCUAAUGUGGAAUAAAAUACCUCCAAGCCAGAUUUCAGUUAUCAAAUAAAUAGUUUUUAGUGUUUAUUUAUUUCAUAGUCAAUCAUGAAACAUGGUUUCGUGUAACGUCUUGCAGUUUUUAAGGUAAAUAGCCAAUAAUAUGUUAGCAGAAAUAUCAAUGACUAUAAAACACAUCAGCACAGAUAUACGCAGCAUCUCCUUGCACGCGGUAACGACUACCCUUGCACUUGAUCAUCUUAAUAGGAAUGUGCGCUGUACAGUAAGUUAGCAUGAAAAUAAUAUGAUGGUGGUAAUA